GGACUUGAACACCUUUCAGACAAGGCUUUCGUUCACAUGCUCACCUCAUCAGAGGACAGGAAGUGGCAACAAGUUCCACAGAUCGUGUCCCCACUACGUCAUAGGACCAACCAAAUUCAGCCACGUUUCUAUUAAGUCUUAGGCUAAGUGCUCGACGAUGAAAUCCUCCCAGUUGAUUAGCCACAAUAAUCUUAAUACAAGUACCAAAUUCAAGCCACAUUGCGUCCAACGUCUUCUCUUUAGCUCUUUUGAUUGGUCUACCCAGAAUAUCUGGCGAGUCUCGCUGUAGAUUAAAGAAAAAAGAAAAAUUAGAUUUGGGCAAGGAGGCUACUCCGUUUAGAGUUUUGUUGGUCAACUAUGUUACAGAGAGAAGACUCUUCUACAUUGAAACUUCUGUGUUUUGGACCUGCCGUGAAACUUUCUUACUCUUGCUGUUUUUGUAUUUUGAGAUCAGUUUUAGAGAAGUAUUUAACGAUGCAAGUGGAUUAUAUUAUCACUUGAAAGAAGUUUUAGUCUUGUUUGUCAACCGGGUGUGUUCAAAUUGUGAUAUCACCACACCAAAAUGUCAAAUUGAAGAAAAGUAAGAUCAGAAAGCACUGUUUUUUUAUUGGCUUGUUGGUUAUUUGUCUGUUUUAUCUGUGAAAGAUAAACCAUUUUUGGAGGAGUUGUAGUCAGUUUCAAGGUACUUAUUAUUUCUUUUUAUGGUGAGGACUUUCGGUUAGAAGAUACUUAGAUUUAGAAAGAUAGAUUUUUGGUGAACUGGGUUCUUCAGAUUUUUUAUUGGGAAAUUAAAUUAUGGGGGAGGAAAUGAAUCUGGAAGCCCCUGGAGAGGCUAAAGAGGAAAAUGAAUCCCAAAAGGGAAGGUGCUGUGAAUGUUUCUGGACUCCAAUUGAUUGGAUCAAAAUGCUUGCUACUGAAAUGCACUGGACUUUUGUGUUUGGUGUUGUGGUUGUUUAUGGAAUCAGCCAGGGAUUAGGUGGAGCUCUUGUUCGUAUUGGGACUGAGUAUUACAUGAAGGAUGUUCAAAAGGUGCAGCCUUCUGAGUCUCAGGUCUACUCCGGAAUUACUUUAAUUCCUUGGAUUGUCAAGCCUCUUUGGGGUCUUCUCACGGAUGUUCUCCCUAUUUACGGGUAUCGAAGACGCCCUUAUUUCAUCUUAGCUGGUUUUCUAGGUGUGACCUCUAUGCUGGUGCUGUCAUUACACCAAAAUCUGCAUCUUGUAUUAGCUGUGUUGUCAUUAACAGCAGCAAGUGCUGGGAUAGCGAUAGCAGAUGUGACGAUUGACGCAUGUGUUGCACAUAACAGUAUUAGUCAUCCUUCCCUUGCAUCUGAUAUGCAGAGCUUGUGUUCUCUAUGUGCUGCAAUUGGAGCGCUUGUGGGGUAUUCUAUUAGUGGUAUUUUUGUUCAUCUAAUAGGACCAAAGGGAGUCUACGGCUUGAUGACAAUUCCAUCUGGACUUGUCUUUCUAGUUGGAAUUCUGCUCAAUGAGCCCCAAGUACCCGACUGCAAUUACAAGCAGGUGAACCAGAAGUUUCUUGAUGCCGGAAAAGCUAUGUGGACGACAUUGAAAUUCCCACAUGUAUGGAGGCCUUGUUUAUACAUGUACCUAUCAUUUGCAUUGAGUUUGAAUAUCCAUGAAGGAUUGUUCUAUUGGUAUACAGACUCGAAAGCUGGUCCAGCUUUCUCUCAGGAAACUGUAGGAUACAUACUCUCGGUUGGUCCAGUCGGCUCCAUUUUGGGCACCAUACUCUAUCAAAAUUCUUUGAAGGAUUGCCCCUUUCGGGACAUACUAUUUUGGGCUCAGUUACUUUCUGGUUUAUCUGGAAUGCUAGAUUUGAUGUUGGUAUUACGAUUGAACUUGGCUUUUGGCAUACCAGACUUUGUAGCCAUUGUCAUUGAUGAAGGUGUCUCAAGACUGGUUGGCCAAAUGAAACGGAUGCCUCUUCUUGUACUCAGUUCGAGGCUCUGUCCCCGUGGCAUUGAAGGAACUUUCUUUGCUCUUCUUUAGGUCGAUUGACAAUGCUGGAUUCCUCUCCUCAUCAUGGUUAGGCGGCCUGCUACUCACUUGUUGAGUUACACG